AUGUCUGCUGACCACGCUAGAGAUCCUUGUCCUAUAGUAAUCUUGAACGAUUUCGGAGGUGCCUUCGCCAUGGGUGUCAUUGGUGGAUGUGUCUGGCACGGAAUCAAGGGGUUCCGUAACUCCCCAUACGGUGAAAGAAGAUACGGUGCUAUAUCUGCCAUCAAGGCCAGAGCCCCUGUUUUGGGAGGAAACUUCGGUGUCUGGGGUGGAUUGUUCUCCACCUUCGACUGUUCCGUCAAGGCAGUCAGAAAGAGAGAGGAUGCCUGGAACGCCGUGAUUGCUGGUUUCUUCACUGGUGGUGCCUUGGCCAUCAGAGGAGGAUGGAGACACACCAGAAACUCGGCCAUCACAUGUGCCUGUUUGUUGGGUGUGUUCGAGGGUGUGGGUAUGAUGUUCCUGAGAGCGUUUGCACAGCCUCCCGUGCAGCCCAUCUACGCCGAGGAGGGUGCCCAGUUGGCAGCCUAA